ACAUUCCCAACCCAAUUCCCAUCAUUCCCAACCCAAUUCCCUCUAUUCCCAACCCAAUUCCCGCCAUUCCCAACCCAAUUCCUGCCAUUCCCAACCCAGUUCCCAUCAUUCCUCACCCAAUUCCCACCAUUCCCAACCCAAUUCCCGACAUUCCCAGCCCAAUUCCCGCCAUUCCCAACCCAAUUCCCGACAUUCCCAACCCAAUUCUCAUCAUUCCCAACCCAAUUCCCGCCAUUCCCAACCCAAUUCCCGACCCAAUUCCCGCCGUUCCCGACUCAUUCCCGGUGUUCCCCCAGCCCGGCGUUAGGAGCUGAUCCCUGUUGGAGGUGUUGGAGACCCCCAUGCCCGUAGGUGCAGCUCCAGGUGCAGCUCCAGGUGCAGCUCCAGGUGCCCCUGCCCGGCUUGGGCUCUGAGAUGGCGACCCCGGAGCCCCCCCUGGGCGGGACCCCCCGGCCCGGCCCCUCUCCCGGCCCCGGCCCCUCCCCGGGCUCCAUGCUGGGCCUCCCCGGCCCCUCCCCGGGCUCCGGACACUCCGGACACUCCGGACACCUCCCGGCACCGGGAUACGCCCCGGACCCCAUCCACCCCCUGCACAAGCCCCUGGAUCCGCUGCACGAGAAGGGCCUGGCCGAGGAUCCGCUUGGGACCAUGAAGGGGAUGGGGCUGCGGCCGGGGGGGCACGCGGGGAUGGGACCCCCCCCCAGCCCCAUGGACCAGCAUUCCCAAGGGUACCCGUCCCCGCUGGGCGGUUCCGAGCACGCCUCCAGCCCGGUGCCGUCCAACGGCCCUCGAGGGCUCGGGGCGGCUCGGGGGUCCCUGGAGGGCGGCGGGGCGGGGGCCGGGGCGGAGGCGCCGUCGCUGGGCCCGGGGGCCGGGGCCGUCUCCGUUCAACGCGCGCAGCUGCACCAGCUGCCGCAGAUCAUGGCCUACAAGCUGCUGGCGGGGCAGCCCCUGCCCGAGCACCUCCAGGUGGCCGUGCAGGGCAAGCGGCCCCUGCCCGGGAUGCAGCCCCAGAUCCCCAGCGCGCUGCCCCGCCCCGCCCGCCGGGCAGCGCCGACGCCGCAGCCGCCGGAGCCGCCGAGCGCGGCACCGCCAGGGUACUCCAGGCCCCACGGGAUGGGAGGGCCCAACAUGCCCCCGCCCGGACCCUCAGGAGUUCCCCCCGGAAUGCCGGGACAGCCCCCCGGGGGCCCCCCCAAGCCCUGGCCCGAAGGGCCGCUGUCGGGGGCGGCGCCGGGCGGGGCCCCCCAGAAGCUGCUGCCGCCCCCCGCUGGGCCCGCCCCCGCCCCGCGGUGCGCCGCGGCGUCCUAGGACCCCCGCCCUCCCGGGGCAGCAGCGCAGCCCGCCUGCCCCAUAGGCAGAACAGGAUCCCCCAUCCAGAAACCGCGCGCGCCUCGACCCGUGGAGAUCCUGCAGGAGAGGGAGCUACAGGCCCGCAUCGCCCACCGCAUCCAGGAGCUGGAGAACCUGCCCGGCUCCCUGGCCGGGGACCUGCGCACCAAAGCCACCAUCGAGCUCAAGGCCCUGCGCCUGCUCAACUUCCAGCGCCAGCUGCGGCAGGAGGUGGUGGUGUGCAUGCGGCGGGACACGGCGCUGGAGACGGCGCUCAACGCCAAGGCGUACAAGCGCAGCAAGCGGCAGUCGCUGCGCGAGGCCCGCAUCACCGAGAAGCUGGAGAAGCAGCAGAAGAUCGAGCAGGAGCGCAAGCGCCGCCAGAAGCACCAGGAAUACCUCAACAGCAUCCUGCAGCACGCCAAGGACUUCAAGGAGUACCACCGGAGCGUGAGCGGGAAGAUCCAGAAGCUGACCAAGGCGGUGGCCACGUACCACGCCAACACCGAGCGCGAGCAGAAGAAGGAGAACGAGCGCAUCGAGAAGGAGCGGAUGCGACGCCUCAUGGCCGAGGAUGAGGAGGGGUACCGCAAGCUGAUCGACCAGAAGAAGGACAAGCGCCUGGCCUACCUGCUGCAGCAGACGGACGAGUACGUGGCCAACCUGACGGAGCUGGUGAGGCAGCACAAGGCGGCCCAGGUGGCCAAGGAGAAGAAGAAGAAGAAGAAGAAGAAGAAGGCGGAGAACGCCGAGGGUCAGGCCCCGGCCAUCGGCCCCGACGGGGAGCCGCUGGAUGAGACGAGCCAGAUGAGCGACCUGCCGGUGAAGGUGAUCCACGUGGAGAGCGGGAAGAUCCUGACGGGCACGGACGCGCCCAAGGCCGGGCAGCUCGAGGCCUGGCUGGAGAUGAACCCGGGGUACGAGGUGGCCCCGCGCUCCGACAGCGAGGAGAGCGGCUCCGAGGAGGAGGAGGAGGAGGAGGAGGAGGAGCAGCCGCAGCCGGCGCAGCCCGCGCUGCCCGUGGUGGAGGAGAAGAAGAAGAUCCCGGACCCCGACAGCGACGACGUGUCCGAGGUGGACGCCCGGCACAUCAUCGAGAAUGCCAAGCAGGACGUGGAUGACGAGUACGGGGUGUCGCAGGCGCUGGCGCGGGGGCUCCAGUCCUACUACGCCGUGGCCCACGCCGUCACCGAGCGCGUGGACAAACAGUCGGCCCUCAUGGUCAACGGCGUCCUCAAGCAGUACCAGAUCAAGGGCCUGGAGUGGCUCGUGUCCCUCUACAACAACAACCUCAACGGGAUCCUGGCGGACGAGAUGGGCCUGGGCAAGACCAUCCAGACCAUCGCCCUCAUCACGUACCUCAUGGAGCACAAGCGGAUCAACGGCCCCUUCCUCAUCAUCGUCCCGCUCUCGACUUUGUCCAACUGGGCCUACGAGUUCGACAAGUGGGCUCCCUCCGUGGUCAAGGUCUCCUACAAGGGCUCUCCGGCGGCGCGCCGCGCCUUCGUGCCGCAGCUGCGGAGCGGGAAGUUCAACGUGCUGCUCACCACCUACGAGUACAUCAUCAAGGACAAGCACAUCCUGGCCAAGAUCCGCUGGAAGUACAUGAUCGUGGACGAGGGGCACCGCAUGAAGAACCACCACUGCAAGCUGACCCAGGUGCUCAACACGCACUACGUGGCCCCGCGGCGGCUGCUGCUGACGGGGACGCCGCUGCAGAACAAGCUGCCCGAGCUCUGGGCCCUGCUCAACUUCCUGCUGCCCACCAUCUUCAAGAGCUGCAGCACCUUCGAGCAGUGGUUCAACGCGCCCUUCGCCAUGACCGGGGAGAAGGUGGAUCUGAACGAGGAGGAGACGAUCCUGAUCAUCCGCCGCCUGCACAAGGUGCUGCGCCCCUUCCUGCUGCGCCGCCUCAAGAAGGAGGUGGAGGCUCAGCUCCCGGAAAAGGUGGAGUACGUGAUCAAGUGCGACAUGUCUGCGCUGCAGCGCGUCCUGUACCGCCACAUGCAGGCCAAGGGCGUUCUGCUCACCGACGGCUCCGAGAAGGACAAGAAGGGCAAAGGCGGCACCAAGACCCUGAUGAACACGAUCAUGCAGCUGAGGAAGAUCUGCAACCACCCCUACAUGUUCCAGCACAUCGAGGAAUCCUUCUCGGAGCACUUGGGGUUCACGGGCGGGAUCGUGCAGGGGCUGGAUUUGUACCGCGCCUCCGGCAAGUUCGAGCUCCUGGACCGGAUCCUGCCCAAGCUCCGGGCCACCAACCACAAAGUGCUGCUCUUCUGCCAGAUGACCUCGCUCAUGACCAUCAUGGAGGAUUAUUUCGCCUACCGGGGCUUCAAAUACCUCAGGCUGGACGGCACCACCAAGGCGGAGGACCGGGGGAUGCUGCUCAAGACGUUCAACGAGCCGGGCUCCGAGUAUUUCAUCUUCCUGCUCAGCACCCGGGCCGGGGGGCUGGGGCUCAACCUGCAGUCGGCCGACACCGUCAUCAUCUUCGACAGCGACUGGAACCCCCACCAGGACCUGCAGGCCCAGGACCGCGCGCACCGCAUCGGGCAGCAGAACGAGGUGCGGGUGCUGCGCCUCUGCACCGUCAACAGCGUGGAGGAGAAGAUCCUGGCGGCCGCCAAGUACAAGCUCAACGUGGACCAGAAGGUGAUCCAGGCGGGCAUGUUCGACCAGAAGUCCUCGAGCCACGAGCGCCGCGCCUUCCUGCAGGCCAUCCUGGAGCACGAGGAGCAGGACGAGGAGGAGGACGAGGUGCCCGACGACGAAACCGUGAACCAAAUGAUCGCCCGGCACGAGGAGGAGUUCGACCUGUUCAUGCGGAUGGACCUGGACCGGCGGCGGGAAGAGGCCCGCAAUCCCAAGCGGAAGCCGCGGCUGAUGGAGGAGGACGAGCUGCCCUCGUGGAUCCUCAAGGACGACGCCGAGGUGGAGCGGCUCACCUGCGAGGAGGAGGAGGAGAAGAUGUUCGGCCGCGGCUCCCGGCACCGCAAGGAGGUCGAUUACAGCGACUCCCUCACCGAGAAACAGUGGCUGAAGGCCAUCGAGGAGGGGACGCUGGAGGAGAUCGAGGAGGAGGUGAGGCAGAAGAAAUCCUCUCGGAAGCGGAAGCGGGAGCCGGAGGGACCCCCCGGGCCGCCCCCCGGGGCGCGGGGCCGGGACAAGGACGAGGAGAGCCGGAAGCAGAAGAAGAGGGGGAGACCCCCGGCAGAGAAGCUGUCCCCGAACCCGCCCCCCCUGACCCGCAAGAUGAGGAAGAUCGUGGACGCCGUCAUCAAGUACAAGGACAGGUGAGGAUCCUGGAUAUUC